ACGUCUCCACGGCAGCGUUGUCAUAGUGAAGCUGAGAACAGGCACUAAACAAUCUGUGUUUGGGUUCAGUGCACAUGCUGAGUUCCUGGGAUCUCACCGUAAUACCCUGACACACAGAGAGGCUCACAGCAACAUCAGGAUACUCAUGAGGGUAAUGUCAAGUACUGAACCUUGGGUUGGGACCUGGAGGCCCCACAAGCCAAGAGGGCCCAUAGCUGCCCUCUAUGGCAGCCCAGGGCCCAAGUAUGCACUGCCUGGACUCACAGGAGUUUCUCAACAUGACCCCACUAAAUACAAAGCACCAAUGUUCAGCUUUGGGGCACGUCAUGACCGCAAGCUAGAGAGCUCCCCUGGACCAAGCUACCUCAUCCCCUCCAACAUCACCAAAGUGGGCAGAGACGGCACUCCUGCGUUUUCACUCCACAGCCGUCCAAAGGAGCCACAAUUGUUCCAGGCUCCCGGACCAGGCAAAUACUCCCCAGAGCAUUCAGUAAAGGCGAUCUUCCGCUCCGCUCCUGCUUAUUCUCUAUCUGGGAGGGGCAAAGACAUCAACACUAUCCAAACACCAGGUCCAGCCUCCUACUCUCUGCCCCCAGUGCUGGGAGACAAAACUGUGGCCACAUCUGCAGCUCCCACCUUCUCGUUUUGUGGCCGCAGCAAAAACGGAAGCUUCCAUGAGGACCUGAAGAAGACUCCUGGCCCAGCUGCCUACAAAGUUGUGGACCCUUGUAUUUACAAUAAAAAACCUCCCCAGUUUAGCAUGACAGGCCGCAACUUCCCACCCAGUGAAACCACAAAGAAACCAGGACCUGGCGCACACUGUCCUGAGCAGGUGACCUUCACAAGAGCAAAAGCUCCGAGCUUCUCCUUUGGACUACGUCACUCGGAGUUCAUCGCACCCCUCAUCAUAGAUGUGCCUGAAUAAUCACACAUCAUCUCAUUUCAACCAGAAAUUCACACAGCAUAAAACAAAAAGCACAAUAAAGCUCAGAAAGCAAACUGUGCAGGAUUAUUGAGAUCAGAUUAUAUGAAAGGUCCCACUGUGUUGGUACAUGUCACUUUGGGUUAUGACCACUAUCAGUAUUUGAAGUAAGGUAUACUGAAUUUAAAAAAGGCUUCAUGAGUGGCACAUGUCUGACAUUUGUAUUAAUGUAACUUGAUUUUUAAGAAAGUAUCUUAGACUGGUUUUAUUUUCCAAGCUUUUUCUUGUUGGUUCAGAAAACUACUAAUUAUUUUUGAUUGGGUAAUUAACAUUUUCAGUCAGUCAAUCAUAACAUGACAUAAUCAUAACAUCACAUCAUCAAUCAUAACAUGACAUAACCUGCCAUGUGUUAAUAGUAAUAUAAAAGAUGGCUUCAUUCCAUGUAGGUGUCCCAGUGAGCCUUGUCAGGGAGCCAGCAUGCACCAUAACGCAAGGCUCUCGUACUGGCCUGACCUGAAUGGAAUGAAGCCAGUAUUAAUGCUUUUAGACACACCUGCUGUGUUAGUCAAGAGGGGUCUGUGUUUAGCUGGCACAUAAAUCAUCGGUGUAACAGAGACUAUGAAACUAUUUUAUCAAGAGAAGUGAAAUGUUAUUUUUAUCGAGGAUGUUGUGUUACUUCCAAUCCACAAAAACCUUUGAUGCACUGAAAAAAAAUCACUUGUCCUCUACACACCCAAUUUGUGGAAUUCACUUCAACAUUAUAUUAAACACUUACACAAUGAUAUUAUCCACUGCAGUUAUUUUAGUACAUAAAUGGUAACUGGGAUGAUUAAACAUGGAAAGAUUUUUUCUCCAGUUUUAUUGUAGCUUGGACAUUAUGUCCUAAAAGAUGUGAUGGGACUAAGAGAAGAAGGGGUAUGUUCUUGAUGGUUACAGGUAGAGUCAGGGGUACUUUUUUAAAGUCACGGUUAUUUCAGUGGCCUAGGGAAGGUCAAUUUAUAUUUGAGAACAUGAGCUACUCUCUCUCAAAGCCAGACAUCAGAGAAGAAAGAAGGCUAGGCCAGGCUAGCCAUAGGCUGCUCCAAAGACAUUAAAUGGGAGCCUAAUUUUGUGGACCCCCUUUAAAAAAUAAAUAAAUAAAUAAAUAGAAAAAAAAUCCUUUGCAUUUUUUUUUUAUUUUCUUGGCAUUAUAAUACAAAAAAAACCUUUUUUUUUAAAUGUAUUUUAUUUAUUAGUAUUUUUUUUUAAUCAGACCUCAUACUUUUU